UAGUAAGGGGGGUUAUGUGAUUUUUCCCCAAAGAAAAAUUACACAUACUUCAACCGACCUCUUAAGUUCCAAAUCAGAGCAGAAGUAAUUCUCUGUUUUCAGCUUUCAGUCAGAGACUUGCAUCAAUGGCGAACUCUUCUAUCCAUGGAGAUGCAUGCCCUACUGUAAAAAAUAUUCUUCUUCUGGAUUCUGAAGGGAAGCGUGUGGCAGUCAAGUAUUACUCUGAUGAUUGGCCAACAAAUAGUGCAAAGUUAGCUUUUGAAAAAUCGGUGUUUACCAAAACACAGAAGACAAAUGCUCGGACAGAAGCUGAAAUAGCAAUGUUUGAGAACAACAUUGUUGUCUAUAAGUUCAUCCAAGAUCUACACUUCUUUGUGACCGGAGGUGAUGAUGAAAAUGAACUAAUCCUAUCCACUGUUCUUCAGGGUUUCGUUGAUGCAGUUACCCUUCUCCUAAGGAAUAACAUUGAGAAAAUGGAGGCCCUCGAAAAUCUAGAUCUUAUUCUUCUAUGCCUUGACGAGAUUGUUGAUGGAGGGAUGAUUCUUGAAACGGAUGCCAAUGUUAUUGCGGGAAAAGUAGCAACUGAUAGCAUCGAUGCGGGGGCACCCUUGUCUGAGCAGACCCUCACCCAAGCUUUGGCUGCAGCUCGUGAACAUCUGACAAGGUCCCUUCUCAAAUAGUGCAUCUGAGUGCACCCAGAGAAAACGAGUUGGCUUUUCAUUCUUUAUAAGUAUAUUUUUCUGAGAGUUGGCGGAAUGGUAGUUCAUUCCACUUCCAGAAUUAGAUUUCUUUUUUUGAUCUUAUGACAAGGAUAAUGCUGUUGGGCUUGUUAUGUUUUCCUGUUGUCGGCCUAUAAAAUAAUUGGUUAAGUUGGAGAUAAUGCUAUUCCCCUGCAUUGCAACUUUGUGAUUUGCAUGGGUCUCGUUAAUUGAGGGUAUCGGUAGAGAUAGAUUCAGUGUAAGCUUAAAUUUUUACAUUAUUUACAUAAAUUGUUGUGCUUUGUCUUGAACUUA